CUUUGCCCUCCCCCCGCCUACAAAGUAGAUGACGAAACCUGCAUCUCAGUCCCCUCCCCUCCUACCCUAUGUCCCACUGAUCUGUCUCCCUACCUCAUCUGCUGCCGCGUGUACAUCGUGGUGAGCGAAGAACUUUUGGGACUGAAUUCCACUAGCAAAGUAUUGGGUGAAAACGCCAAACUGCCCUACCGCCCGCCUGCCCGUCUGCCCCCGGCCUCCUCUGCAGAGAAACUGGAUUGA